AUGUCGGAUGCGCCUGCGAAACAAAAGCUCUGGGGUGGCCGGUUCACCGGUAAGACGGAUCCUCUGAUGCAUGCCUUCAACCAGUCAUUGAAGUAUGACCAGAGGAUGCACGAGGUGGAUAUCAGGGGGUCGAUUGCGUAUGCUAAAUCUUUGUCUCUGGUCGCCAUUCUUACGAAAGACGAGGAGGCGCGAAUUAUCGAAGGACUGAAGCAAGUCGGCAAAGAAUGGGCAGAUGGUGUUUUUCAGAUACAACCAGACGACGAGGAUAUCCAUACCGCCAACGAACGUCGGCUCAGCGAAAUUAUCGGGGCACUUGGCGGCAAACUCCACACUGGCCGUUCGCGAAACGACCAAGUCGCGACAGACUUGCGUCUUUGGCUCCUGGAAGAAGCCAAGGUUGCAGAAAAGAGUCUUGGCGCUCUUGUUCGUGUUCUUGUUGAACGUGCUGACAGUGAGAAAGAUUAUCUUCUUCCUGGCUAUACUCACCUCCAGAGGGGUCAACCAAUUCGGUGGUCACAUCUACUCCUCUCGUAUGCUCUUUCCCUUCGAGCUGAUCUCGAUCGACUUCGCCAACUUGUACCUCGAAUUUCAGUGUUGCCUCUUGGUAGCGGUGCCCUCGCAGGCAAUCCUUUCGUCGUUGAUCGAGAAUUCCUCGCAAAAGAGCUCGGCUUCCUGUCCGUAGCUGAAAACAGCUUGUGGGGCGUUGCUGACCGCGACUUCGUCGCUGAGUUCUUGAUGUGGUCUAGUCUGGUCAUGACUCAUUUAAGCAAGAUCGCAGAGGACCUUAUCAUCUAUUCAACAGCGGAAUUCGGUUUCAUAACACUGAGUGAUGCGUACAGCACGGGAUCCAGCAUGAUGCCUCAGAAGAAAAAUCCAGAUUCUCUCGAGUUGCUCCGCGGAAAGACUGGCCGUCUAUUUGGAAACAUGGCAGGAUUUUUGAUGACGUUGAAGGGCCUUCCCUCGACGUACAAUAAAGACUUGCAGGAGGACAAGGAACCACUCUUUGACACCGUGGAUAACCUGACUGCAUGUCUUCAAAUUGCUGAAGGAGUGAUUGCAACCCUGGAAGUGCACGGCGAGAACAUGAAAGCGGCCUUGACUAUGGAUGUUCUUGCAACCGAUCUCGCGGACUAUCUCGUCCGCAAAGGGAUCCCUUUCAGAGAAACACACCACAUUUCCGGACGCGCAGUCGCCUUGGCCGAAGCGCGCCAGUGCCAGAUCAGCGAUCUUAAAAUGGAUGAUUUCAAAGCUCUGAGCAAAGAGUUCACUGAAGACAUUUAUGACGUGUUUGACUUCGAGGCCAGUGUAGAGAGGCGUGAAGCGAUUGGGGGAACCAGCCGAAAAAUGGUAGAACGCCAAAUUGCUGUUCUUCGAGCAAGCCUGGCGAAUUGA